AGAGACAAAGAAGAAGAACAGAAAGAAGCUGUCCUUAAAAACCUCAACCAAGACCUCUCUCCUAAUUCACUGACCAGUCACAUGACCAUAAUGCACUCACGCAACUCCUGCAAGACGCUAAAAUGCCCCAAGUGUAACUGGCACUACAAGUCCCAACAUACAUUGCAAGUCCACAUGAAAGAGAAACAUCCGGAGACGGGAGGCCAGUGUGUGUGUGGAUAUUGCAGUUCGGGGAAACCCCAUCCUCGCUUGGCCCGUGGCGAAACCUAUGCCUGUGGCUACAAGCCCUACCGCUGUGAGGUGUGUGACUAUGCGACCUCAUCGAAAGGCAACCUCAGCAUCCACAUGCAGUCGGAUAAACACCUUCAUAACGUUCAAAAUGGGGGACACUCGAAUGGUCACAUGCACACUUCUCUCAUCACCACAAACAACAACAGCAGCUCCUCCGACGGUAACGCAGUGGAUGAGCCCGCAUACAAGCCCCCGCUCUCUAAUCCCACCCCUACUAUCCAGCCCACUAAGCUCCCACCACCUGCACACACUCACUCCCAUGGUAAGCGGUGGCGGUGUGACGUGUGCGACUAUGAGACCAGCAUUGCCCGCAACCUGCGCAUACACACCACCAGCGAGAAACACACACAUAACAUGCUACGGCUCCAGAGAGGCUACUACCUGUCUCACUGUCGGAGUCUCGCCCCGCAGCUGAAACACUUAACAAACGCAGGUGCGGAGCUCUCCUUGAACAUGCGACUGACCAGUCAACAAGUUGCAGAUCAGCCAGUCACCCUCGGGUCGACACUGACUCCUUCUCCCUCCCCCUCCCCCUCUCCCCCUCCAGCCCUGUCUCUGUCCCCCACGGAACCUCUCUCCCAGGGGGGCGUGUUUCAAUGCCUUGUCUGCUCCUGCUUUUCGUCCGACAGCUUAGAGUCUGUGGAGCAGCACCUGAACGCCCCUCGCUCUCUGCCCCAGUCUGAGUGGUGCUCCCUGGUCGCUGGUGGCUGCCACUGCAGGCUGUGCGGUUACACCACCCAGCUGAGGGCUAACUUCUCCUUGCACUGUCAGACUGACAGACACCGCACCCGGUACCAGCUUGCUGCUCACCUCCAGGAGGGUGGGGACAGGGGUCAGGAGGGGGCUGCCCUUAUUGCUAAAGGCAACCCCGUCCAGCUGCGGUGCAACCUGUGUGACUACGUGACCAGCAGUUUGGACAAGCUGCGAGGACAUUCCCUCAAUUCCCACCACGAGGCCAGCGUCCGGGUUUACCGAUUCCUGCAGCAGUAUGAUGGUGAAGUUGAUGGGGGAUCGUGGCUGUUCCAUUGUCUCUUAUGCAACCACUCCUCCUCUUCUAAACUACAAGUACUGAAACACAGUCAAACACCAACCCAUCAGCAGAGGGAAGGGCUACUCCAGCUGCAGCCAAUGGGCGGAGAGGAGCUGGCAGCCAUUUUUACCAUCAGGAAAAGCCCUGAUGGUGUCACCGGAGAGCUCAGUGAGGAUAUGGAAACGUCCAGUGAGACCACCACUGGUCCUUUGGACACAACCAAAGACACUUGUAACUUUGUGGGGAUUUCUGAUGAGACAGAAGAAACUUGGGAGGAGGAAAGAGAAAAGAGGGAGUCAUUUCCAUCAGUGAAGCGUCCAUCCUCCGAAUGUGAGGAAAUAGAAAACUCGAUCUUAACCAAACGUCCCAGAAUACACCAGCAAAAUCCAAACCAGCAGACUGUCCAGUGCCCUUUGUGCCAGGUUAAACUCCAACACGCAGACCUUCGACAGCAUCUCACGCAUGUGCACAGUGUGGCACAGGACUGUGUAGACAAGCUCAUCAGCACAGUCACACUAUCCAUGGAACAACCCCACCCUCAGCUGCAGACAGAACCACAAUUGGAUGAUACUCAGAAAAAUAAAAACACCAAGAAUAUCAAUGCAAAUUGUUCCCAUACUGCUGAUUCCAGUGCCUCAGUUGAUUCACAGAAAAACCAAGGCAUUUCAGUAGUGAGCAACACUAAGGGAGAUGUAGCCGCACCCAAAGAUGUCACAGCUCUACUCACCCCACCCCUAGAAGACAACACCACUCACCCUUCCAGUGGCAGACUGGCUCCUCAGUCCCCAAAUCAGACCCCCCCCUCCUCCCCGACCGGUGACCCCCCUCCUCUUUCUGAUCGCCAUGGUUACCGGUUCCGUUGCAGCAGGUGCAGCUUGGCGUUCCCCACUCAAGAGAAGCUCCAGCUGCACUGGCAGUACCAUGCCAUGAGGGCGGCAACAGAGUGCCCCAUCUGCUCUCGACGAUGCCGCAGUCAAGAGGCCUUGCAGAGACACAUGCAGAACACACACUCACCGCUGGAAAACACACAGGCACAGAAUACACUCUUACCGCUUCACACAGCUCAAUACAUGGAGCAAAACAAGAGUUCAGUUCAACAAGAUUUGAGUUUAUCACCUCAAGUGGGUCAAGAAGCAGGAGUGGGUGAGGAUGAAGAGAGAGAGGAAGAAGCCCUAGGCAUGGUGGGAAAGGAAGAACAAAAAGAAGAGGUACAAUUUAAAGAGAAGGACAUGGUCGGUGAAGUUGAUGGAGAUGAGGAAGAUUUAACUGAGCCGGAGAAAGGGCCACACGAGGAGAUCCUAUCAGAACCUACUUCCAGCUCUUUUUUCAAAAAGAGCUCCAACCCCACAAUGGACCGCUAUCUGGAUCCAACCAGGCCCUAUAAAUGCACAAUAUGCUCUGAAUCUUUUACCCAGAAAACUAUUCUUCUGGUCCACUAUAACUCUGUGUCCCAUCUCCACCGGGCCAGACGGGCCCAACAGGACUCUGGCACAGGUGUUGCUGUCCCCGAGGCUCCCCGUGGCCCAGAUCCUAGGCCCUACCGCUGCCGAUUGUGUGGAGUGGGCUAUAGCCAGAGCUCCACACUGGACAUUCAUCUUCGCUCUGUUCUUCAUCAGACUAGAGCUCGUGCUGCCCAGAACUCAGCUCCACAGAACCCAGCAUCUAGUGUAGCUGCUCCAGUGUCAGUCCCCACCACUGCUACUCAGGCUGCUACCAACAGAGAAGAAAUACCAAAGGGUUUGCUGUUCACCAAGAGGCCAGAUCUAGUAAGCUCUUCAACCUCUUUACUAUUAGGCCCUGGCUUAGCAGCUGAGGCGCAGCCAACCCUUUCUAUCCCAAGUGACAGCCAGCAGGCUAAAAGUAGAGUUGCAGAACUUAUAGCAUCAAGAAACCAGCUAAUGCUAAUACAACAGCAGCAGUUAGCCCAGGCCCAGGCCCAGGCCCAAGUUCAGUUACAGCAACACACAGCUCUGCUCCAGUCCCAAUUGAUGCAGCAUCUUCCCUUCGGAACAGAGAAUCUCCUGAAACAACACUUCUCCCUGACACCAGACAACUUGCUCUCUCUGCAGCAGCAACUUCUUCUGCCAUUUUAUUUGUCAGGAGACAUGCAUAUGAACCCAGAGUUAACUGUGAAGAGCCUAGAGCUUAGCCAGUUAGUAUGUGCCAACUCCAUCCCCAAAGAACAGGUUAUGGUGGAAGUUAAAAGAGAGCCCCAACCUCAAAUAGAUGACAAACUAACCCAGAGACAACGUUCAAACUCAGCUGUUAGCCAACCAAAGGAUCGUGUGCAGUGUGAAGCCAAUGUUGAAGCUGGGUGCAGUGGAUCUUGCAACAGCCAGUCAGAAAAAAGACACAUCAAUUAUAAUAUUGAGGAAGAAAAAGAAGAAAUGCCUGUUCCUACUUUAAAAAAUAAGAAAGAGGAAACAGAUUCCUCUUCAUUUACUCCUCCUGGAUUGCAGUGUCCUCCUCCCAGAGUGCCCUAUGCAGCUGUGAAUGGCGAGCCUGUUCGAGCCCUGCUGCAGAGUUAUGGCUAUGAGUUGGCACUGCAAUACAUACAAAGUAGACAUAGAAAUCAGCAGCAGAUAACAACCCUUUUGAUGCCAGAUAAACAGGAGUGUGCUGAUAUCAACAAGAUGGAGGUAUGCUCAGAAGAAGAAAGAGUUGAGUUAAGUGGACUACAGGAUGUAAAGCUGGCAGGCUGUAACAACGAUAACGAAGGAGUAGAGGGCAAUGGAGAAAUAGAAAAUGUGCCACAUGACAAAAAAAAGAAAGAUGAGGAAUCGGUAAACAAAGAGAAAGGUCGUUGUGGAAGGGGAGAAAAGUGUAGAGACUGUGGCAAGUUUUUCUCAGAUGCCUUGAUUUUAAAAAGUCACCGGGAGUAUAUUCAUAGGAAACUGUUUCCUACUCCUGCACUGGAGAGAUUCUCCAGAGAAUACAGGCUGCAGUAUGACCAGAUGUACCCGCUCACACAACCUAAAUCUGGGGAGAAUUCAGCUGCCGCCCCAGUCCCAAGCUCAGAAUCAGAACCGGCACUGGAAUCAGUUAUGCCUCAAGUUAAAAGCCUCGCACCCUCACCUGAGCCGUCAUUUUCAGAUCCUGUAACCAAAACAUGUACUCUUGCUACAGACUUAACAAUAACUACUCCCACACCUUCUUCUCCAUUUCUUUCUCAAACUGAAGAAUUUCCAAAACAAGAGGCUUCCAUCCCAAGCACAGCUGCUACAGCCACUUCUCAAACCACAUCCAUAGCUAACGCCACACCUCUUACCUUACCGAACAUACCCAUGCUUCCUCUAGCUUUGCCUCAGCUUCCUAUAUCCCAACUGUCCCAUAUUCCAUUUUCCAUGGACCUGCUCCCUUCGGUUGUGAUGCAGUCUGUGGGUCUCCAGGCCCAACCUUGGUUUGAUUCAAGUGUGAACACCGAGUUGGCAAUACUCUACCAAUCUCAACUCAACACAGCACUGCUAAUGCAACAGCCACAAAGAACCCGAACCCGAAUCUCUGAGGAGCAACUGACUGUCCUGAGGAAACACUUUGAUAUUAACAGCCUCCCCAGUGAUGAAGAGAUGAUCAAGAUGUGUGGUCUCUCUGGGUUGCCUCACAAAGUUAUCAAACACUGGUUUCGCAACACCCUAUUUAAAGAGCGCCAGCGAGACAAGGAUUCCCCUUACAAUUUUAACAACCCGCCAACCAUAGCCCUGGAGGUGUCUGGAGAACCCCAGACAACAGACCUACUGAGAGAUGAGACCCAUAGAGGCAGGCUCUCUUCCCGAACCCGCUUCACCGAACAACAGCUGGAGACCCUGCAGGGGGUGUUUGAGGCGACUCCCUAUCCUAGAGAGGAAGAAUAUGACAGCUUAUCUGCUUUGUUGGGCCUCCCUAACAGAAUCAUUGUUGUGUGGUUCCAAAAUGCAAGACAGAGAGCCCGUAAAACUCAAGACCAGGGGACAGACGAUGGAUUAGAGGAGAAGAACCAACUUGACAACAUUCACAGUCAGAGAAAUGGCUGCUCCAUGAAUGAUGAUGAUGAAGCACAAGGGGAAUCUCAGAAUGAAAACUCCAUGGAUCUGACUUAUGAGUAUUACACCAACCCUGACUCGCCUGUUCUUGUUUCCGCUUCUCACUGCAUAGAAAGUGAGCAUCUAACAGCCAAUGGUGAACCAAUACCGGUUACGAGCAAACAAGAAGAUACACAAGAAGAUAAAACAUAUUAUCAAGCGAACAAGAGCCUAGCUCUUGUUCAAAUUAAAAAGGAAAUUUCAGAUGAAGAAAUCCAGCAUAUUGAAAUUGUUCAGGCCUUGAAAACCGCAUCUUCUCCACAACUAAAGCCCAAUCUGCAGCCAGAAAGUACUCCAGAAAGACUACCUCGCUCCUCUUCCUCUUUACAAAAGACAGCACCGGCCAUCGCAUCCACAGCUCAUUCCAGCCAGGGGCAUACAUGCAGCCCUCCAUCUGAUCCAGCUGUUGAAAAGCCUGUUGAUACAUCACCCAGCCUCCCUGCUGCUUCAGAGUCUGACACAAGCCACAUUCGGCUGCCUGAUGCCACCUCUUGCCUAUCCGUUGAAACCCAGCAGAUAACCCCACUCCAAACGCAGGCUCAAUUUCAGUGUAGUCUCUGCCCAGUGUCCUUGCCCUCAUUCCAGCUGUGGCAGGAGCAUCAGACCAGGCACCUCCUGGCAACUCAGUCCCAGGUCCAAUUUCUCCACUCUGGCUUCACAGACCGAACCAUGCCUUACAUGAUGCUCCACCCCAACCACACCCUGAUGGCCAGCCAAAUGCUUUCAGACGCUAUGUCCCAGAUGCACCCUAAUCCCACACAUUCCACCAGCCUUUCUCAAAGUUCCCUGUCACCAAUGAAGCAGAGUCCAAAGCUUAUGUCCGAGACCAGUUUUGAAGGCCAAAGGAGCAGUAGAGAGAUUGAGGAAGAGCACCGCAGGGAUAAGCGUCAGAGAACCACCAUCACCCCAGAACAGCUUGAAGUGUUGUAUCAGCGCUACAGUAUGGACUCUAACCCCACCAGAGGAGUCCUGGAAGGCAUUGCACGGGAUGUAGGCCUGACAAGACGUGUAGUUCAGGUCUGGUUUCAGAAUACACGAGCCAGAGAGAGAAAAGGACAGUUCCGAUCAAUGGGGCCAGGAUCCAGUUUCAGCUUGGGUUUGAACCACUUGCGCUGCCCAUUCUGCAGGGCUCUCUUCAAAGUAAAGAGUGCUCUUGAUGCCCACAUGAGGUCACGCCACUGGGCAGAGGCUGAAAGAGCAGGCUACAACUUAUCGAUGAGUAAUGGAUCCAAUGGGCAGAUUGGGAUGUCUAUGUCAUCUACCAUGGACAGACCAGGCCCAUCUAUCUCCUCUAACUUCAUCCCAAACCAUGGCUUUGUCAUCAUUAACAAAGAGUUAAGUAUGAAGCCACCUUUGUCUUUAACCACUGAUCUGAACAACCCAGAGGAGGAUGAUGACUAUGAGGAAGAUGAUGAGGAGUACCCAUGUGACGAGGGUUCCAGUAUGGCUGACCAAGAGUCUCCUAGUCCUGAGGGAUCUGGUGGUCCAAGCUCAGAUUGGGGUGAAACGCAAAGUCUGCAACAGCACCAACAUCAGCAGCAGCGCCAAAGGACACAGAUGAGCCACUUCCAGGUACUCCAGCUCAGAGACUUCUACAGGAGCCACCGUACCCCCAACCGACAUGAGUGUGAAACACUGGGCCAGGAGUUGGGACUGCCUCACAGAGUUGUGCAGGUCUGGUUCCAGAAUGCCAGAGCCAAGGAGAAGAGGGCCAGGAGCCUGAGCUCUGACUCUGCAGAGAGGGAGCAGGCCGAGCUGUCCGCAGGGGCAGGGGAGAGAGACAGAGCUUAAAGAGGCAGACGACGAUGGCGGCUGCUUUGCUUCUUUCGACUACAUUCUCCCCAGAACUCCUCCUGCACCUGCUGUUGAUCUCGAAACAUAUACCUUGUCCACUUUGCUGCCAAACCUGUAACCUGAACACCCCAAAGAUGCCGAGCCACAGUGGCCCAAAGAAACUCUCAACUGAAAGUAGGAGAGAGCCCAAACCAAGUCUUCUCUACAACAGCUUUCCUCUUUUCAUAUUGUUCUUAAACUCUUUCCCGGUCUGUCCUUCCACGUUGAAAAGAGCUCCCCUCUCUAUUACGUCAAGACACCUUACUACAACCAAACACCACCUUGAUACAAAAACAACCAGAUGCCACAGAGGCCAAAGAGCAUUCUCCAAGUAUGUGACCUCACUGCCCAGCUAGACCUGCAGUCUACCUCUCAGCCUGCAUGACAGACUCACAUUGGGCCCUCCACCAGACAGUGCUAGAUGACUAGCUGUGUAGCAUGUAGUGCCAGUAUGUAAGAGGCUGGAAAAGAAAUUGUCAAAGAGAUUUUUUUGUGUGUAAAUAGAGAGCUCCAAAAGAUAAACUUGAAGAAAAACCAAGCAGUUAACAGUGAAAGAAGAUGAUGGAGAAAAAAAACAAAAAACUGAAAAAUAUCCUUCAAAGAGAUGGAGGUAUUCGCAUAGAGCUUUUGUAAAGACUGACUCAGAUUCCAAAGCUCGUAACCAAAAUUUUUCAUGUCUGUGGAUUUCGUUUCAACACGUUUGUUUUCAAUAACAAACUGCAGAGCUGACGUCUGUACGGUGAAUGGGUGAAAUCUGCAGCUGGCAAAAAUUAAGCCGAGUACCAAAAGACUGAUACGGUGCCAGAAUGCAGCUUCACCCCCCACAAGCCAAUGAUGAGUCUUCUGUUGUACAUGUACACCGUCUAUGUUCCUUCAGUGGAUAACAGCCCAAAUAGCACAGAACGAAAAGGCCAGUUUGUCCUAAACGGGGCAAACUAUUUUUUAUAGCACUCAACCAUUAUACUGUAUAUGAAAACUUUAACCAAACUCAAAUUUACAUUGUGUGUGUGUUUAGUAAUAGUUUCUUAAUAUAAAUCUUAUGGACUGAGAUAAACUGUCUUGCUUCGAUAUAAUAGUGUCAUGAUUAUGAAAAGAUUAUGACAGCUUUGAUAUGUUCAGGCAAGGUGACUUACUGCCUUUCCGUUCUAAUUGAAUAUACCAAUGGCUGACCAAUGUUAUUUGAUUAAUGUAAAGCUUUCUAUGCUCAGGUCAACAGCUCAAUAUGGCUCUGCUUACAUUGUGGUCUUAAUACUGUACUUUUCUGUUUUUAAAACAGAAGAGGCAUGGUUUAACCUAGGACUAAGUAUUAAAAGAUAUUUACAAAAAACAUCUGUAUUUCAAAGAUCUGAGCUUUUCACCACUGAGUAAUAGAUUGUGACAAAAACCUUAUUGAAACUAAAGUGUUUAAUAGUGUGAGGGGUAAAUGUACAGUAUUUAGCUUUUGUAUGGUUGACUCAAGACUUCAUUGGAUGAUUGAGACAUGGCUCCCUUUCCACUUACAGAUGGGGAGCUACUGCGCAAAUCUGAGAGAAACUUCGGAUGUUAUUGAUGUUAUUUUUGUACACUUAAUUUAUUUUCCCUCUUUCUCCUACCUUACUGACUUUCCUAUUUUGCUCUCUAGCUUUCUUCCUGUGUUCAUUUGCAACCAGUCCUUAUUCUAACUGUAAUAAUGAUAAUAUAACAAUAAUAACUAAACAAUAAUUAAUGCUUUAAGACAGAAAUCCAAAGACGUGAUAAUACUUUAACCAUAUGACCUACAAAAAUAAGCGCUACUGUUUACUUGACGAUGUAUUGCUGUUUUUAAGAAGGAAGGAGUCCCUAUAUCUAAGCUACUGUUUUCUGCCUCUCAUAAGCACACUGGAGACUGUAACCAAAACCCCAAACUAGAGCCAUGGCAGUCUGUAAUAUAGCGGUUAAAGAGUUUUACUUCUCUUGAGAAAUGUUGCAGUUUAUUUUUCUUUCUUUUUUACCAUAGUGUUGAACUUCAGCCCUUAAGGAUGUCCAGUUUGCUGCUAAUGUACUGUAGUUUCUAAAGAUACUGUAGAAAGAUGCAUGCUCUGAUCGCUUUACCACUAGGCUUUAAUGACUACAAACUGUAAUGAUACCUGUGAUGCUGUUGAUAAACUGCUCCUAUGUUAUUCCGUUGUAAACGAAUGGAUGUGUGGGGCUCAAUUCCAUCAGGUUUGUUUUUCAGUAUCCUAAUGAUUACCCCGACUCAGAAAAUAAAAAAUGGCUUUCCUAAUACAAGAAAUAUUUUUUCAAGCUUCAGUUUUAGAGAAACCUGCUUGGGGCAUUCAUUUCUCAAUACUUAUGGAGAUACUGCAUAGCUAUUUGAAGGAGUUCAGCCCCAAAUCUUCCACUGGUAUGGUGUCAUGCUUUCUGUGUUGCAAUGUCUCUAGUCUCUAGCCAUUUGCCCAUCGAAAACAGCUUUGUUGCAUCUGUCUCAGACUGACAUCACAACCAACUUUCCAAAGGAUGUGGACUGACAUGUUUUGUUCUUAAACUAACCAAUGUUUACGACAAUACCAAUGAGCUUUCUUCUGUACAGAAAUGUGCAUUCCAAAUACCACAAAGGCAGUUUUUUGUAUACUGAUUAUUUAAUUUGUCAUAUUCUCUUGAUCUUAUUGACUGUAAGAUGUACAUAUUGGGGUCCUCCAUGGUGAAGGGACUCUGUUAUCCUUAAUGUAGGUAAAACUAUUCUUUUCAUUUUUUUCUGGAUAUGUUGUUGCCAUAGUGAUGACCAAAAAGAUACCUGUGAUGUGCACCUGUCCUUAUGUCCUGCUCCAGUGGUUUAGUGCGUCUCUAUACUCUCCCUCCCCAAGUUCUCCCUUACUGGUGUGUGUUUCUCUUCCUUUCCCUUCCCAUACUCCACUGAGCUCAAUAAAGUCUGCUUUGGUGCAUGC